AUGGAUAUAAGCAGUAACAAGGAGGAAGAGAUAUUUUCGCUUACGAAAAGGGUAAAAAGAUCCCAUGAAGAAAACCACGAUUUUCUUAGUGACUUGCCAGACUCGAUUCUGGUUCACAUUCUUUCCUUUUUACCGCUACGUGAUGCCAUCAGAACUGUUGUUCUUCCGAGAUUCGGUAAACUUUGGCUUAGCUUGCCGGUUCUUGAUUUGGACAACUGUGUGUACCAUGACGGUGAUAAAGAUACAGAUGUCCGGAUUUGUCACUAUGAACACUUCAUGCAUGUAGUUCAUCGGGUUUUGAAUCAUCACGAUGAGUACACGCUGGAUAAACUGCACCUCAGGUUUGCCCUUGCGUUAUCUUAUUCACAUUACACUGAGUCCGAUCUUAAUAAUCCCAACCUUAGUGUUUAUGAAAGACGGAAGGUGGAUAAAGAGAGGGCCGCUUCAUAUCAAGUCGGGAAAUUAAUCAGUUAUGCUGUGAGCAGAAAAGUUAAGUUGGUCGCUUGUCACCUUGAUUCUUGUGAGCAAAUAAAUCUGCCGGCACUGAGAGUCUUGUCUCUCCAUAAGGUUUUCAUAAGAGAUGAAGCCCUAGGAAGAAUCUUGAAUGGUUGCCCGUUUCUUGAGGAUCUGUCUUUGCUUGACUGUCGUGGCUUUCGCCAGUUGAAUUCCGAAAACCCAAACUUGAAGAAGCUGAUGCUUAGUCUGGCCGAGUAUAACUGGGUUGUGCGCGUGCAGUGUCCACAUGUAGUGUCAAUGGGAAUAUCUGGAUGGAUCGAAGGUGUGAUUUUGCAUCAUGUCUCAUCACUCUCAUCUUUGCUCGAAGCUUCCAUUUACUAUAGCAGCUCGUUUAGAGGCGCGGACAAGCAUUAUUAUCGACUGCGGACCCUACUGUUCAUGGUUCGCCGGUCUAGGACUUUCACCAUAUGCGCUUGGAGUAUUUUGGUGAUGUCAAUAUGGAAAUUGAAGAAUGUCUUUUGCCCACCGUUCAAGUGGAAGCAUAUCAAAGUUAAACUUCAUCUCACAAAAUGGGACCUUCCCGGCCUUUCCUUCCUCUUGAAACGUUGUUCUGCUUCUCUCGUGGAACUUACCAUGCUUACCCUUGGUCAAAAUGACUCAUUCUUUAAGACUGUGUACACAAAAUGGAUUUGGGAUUAUGAUUUUGAUGGAGAGGGAUACUUGAACUCACAGGAGGCAACCUUACCCUGCCUCAAGAGCAUUAGGAUACAUAGCUGCCAUACAGGCGACCCGUAUUUCAUCCAGAUUGUGAAAUUUCUGCUGAAAAAUACUCCUAGGUUGCAGAAAAUGGUAAUUACAACUGAGAAAGAAUUUACCUCAGAAAAACAACUGUUUGAGCUCUCGGAGGAUUUAUCAACGUCGCCUAGAGCCUCAUUGGAGGCAAUGGUGUGUAUCUCUUAG